CUCUCCUUGGUCUCAUUAUCUUUGAGCUGAACGGAAGUGACCACACCAACAUUUCCCCCAUCACUCAAUAAAUGACUUAUUGCCAGAUAGUGGCGCCCUCUUUUUAAUCAGUCCCCUCUUGUUUUUAGCGUGAUUUGCUCAACUAUGCAUAGCGAACUUCAGCGAAAGUCUGUCACACUGGAUCUAAUGAAAGCGGGCGACGACUACUCCGACUCAGAUGACCCUUUGGAAAGCGACGAUAGAGAUGAAAACGAUCUACUACCAAGCACUUACGAUUAUCAGCAGCGAAUACUGUUAUAUCCCAAUUUUGAUUCCGUCAGCGGUCGUUUGUUACAGCGCCCGAAGACUCGCAGAAGAAGAUGGACCCAAAGAGAUAUGACAAAUGCGUACAACGCCGUGAAAUACCAAGGCAUGUCCCUACGUGGUGCAGCAACUGCUUUCAAUGUGCCGGAGUCUACUUUGCGCGAUCGAGUUCACGGGCGGGUCAGUUUGGAGUGCUCACGCCCUGGACCGCCGACUUUCUUCACUUAUGAGGAGGAGAAGAAGAUGGUCGAUCAUAUUCUGUUCAUGAGCAAGAUUGGCUAUCCCUACACUAGAAACCAGGUGGUUGAGCUUGCUGGGGAUAUGACCAAAGCCGUUGGUCGCAUAGCUCCCUUCAAAUACAUCAAUCCGAGUCAGGCGUGGUUUUACGCUUUUCUUAACCGAUGGCCAGAUCUAAAGAAUUUCCUAUUUGGCCCUCGAAGCAAUCGAAAAUCAAAGGGUGUCUCCGGUGAUUCCAUACAGUCUUACUUCGAACAACUGGAAAAGGUUCUCACGAAGUACGCCAUUAAGGAUAGACCGGAACAUUUUUGGAUCGUGGAUGAAGUCAGUAUCAGCUGUGAGAAUCAGCCUCCCCGAAUUCUUCCAAUAAGUAUACAGCGUGCUCAGUCUGUCAGUUAUUGGAAUCCUACCGUCGCUAUGCUUGGAGCAGCCAAUGGAGUGGGCCAAAAAAUUCCCCCUUUUCUCAUCUACCGGGGAGAUUGCAUCACACCGUCAAUGAUGGAGGGGUCCGUACGCGGUACAAAAUUCUCCUACUCAGCAUCUGGUUGGGUCAAUUCAGAUGCAUUUAUCCAAUGGUUUUUGAAGCACUUCCGUCUCUUGGUCUCACUUCGACCACUGAUCCUCUUCUACGAUGGUCAUCUGCAGUUUGUAAGCGUCCGAGUUCUUGAACGUGCACGAGAGGACGACGUCUUCCUGUUCCCACUCCCGCCUCAUCCGGCUUACAACCAUUGUGUGGAAAACACAUGCUUUUGGGCCUUUCAGAUCUACUUCAAGAAACGGUUAGAUCGGUUUUUUGAACAAAAUCCAAAUCAACCACUAAUACGAACAAACGCCGCACCCGUACUCACGCAUGCGUAUGAGAAAGCGCUUCAGCCCACGAAUAUCGUCCAGCUGUUCGAACGUUUGGGCAUAUGUCCUUUCAACAACCUUUCCAGUUCCAUCGGAGCCUACCUAAACAUGCCAGAGGAUUAUGACCAAAUGGGCUUACCUAGUGAGAACCUGGACCCACAAAUGUUAUACGAUGGAUUCAACCAGUUAAUUCCUUGGGCAAAACCUCCAAUGAACUAUGUGCACCACUCCGCCCUCCCAUUCCGGCCCCCUAUGAUGAACAACGGAGAAACGGGGGAGCAUUCGAUGAGCCUCCACUCCGGACAAACCGUAUCCCCAUUGAUGACUUGUGUUAUACCAGAACAAUUUCAUGGCCUGACGAAUCAAGGCCCGGUUGCUUCCAUGGUCCCUCUUGGACCAUCUGAUGGGAAGCUGCAGCGGACAGUUGUAACAGCGGUCUCAUCGUCUGGGAGAUCUGUCACCUUUCGAUUGCAUGGCCCCGCUGCUGCUACAGUGCAUCCACUUGUGUGCAACAACAACAAUAAUGGAACCACUACUAUCUUUCCAUCUACUUCGACUGCAGUCGCAGCAGUGAAUAGACCAAUUAGCGCGGCAAAUGCAGUCACGGACACUAUCACGCACUCGGAUGUGGAUAUCGCUCACGAGGAGGAGGUUGGAUUUGACGGGCCACACACAUUUGGCACCCUUGGCAGUCGCUCCCAAGAUGUUGAGCCGCUUGAGUCUUCUGUUCCAGAUACGGGAGCUCUCGGAACCACGGCAUUCAUGGAAGAGAUGGAGGAUGGAGAGGCGCCAGAUUAUUGUGUCGUUUGCGGACAGUUGGAGCCUCCCGAAUCGAUUUGUCAACCCAACUCUGAUCCCGAGGGCGCGGAUGAUCUCCAGGUUGUCGACUGGGUCCAUUGCGAUUACUGCAAUCGCUGGGUGCAUUGGAAUGGUUCCUGCAGUGAAGGAGCUAUCAUCGCAAACAAUUCUUUCAUGUGUAUAGUCUGCCGACAUGAUGGCACAGUGCCCGCAAAGCCAGCAGACACCGAGCAGAGUUGCGUUUCCCCCUUGAUCGCGAACGAAGAAACGAUCAACCCGCCAGCAUCAACAGGCUGAUGCGAUAGUGUACAGUCACAUUCCUAUGUUCAUAUUCUCAAUGCCGUGUUUAUACCGCUUUUUGUGCAAUGUUUUCUAAUGUGCAUACUUUCCAUCGCGUGCUUUUGUUUUCCAAACGGCUUUUUGUAUAGUUCAUACUUUCAUUCGCAAUAUUUCACACUUAAGCGCCAGGCCGCGUCUUCAGUGUUUUUCGUCAGCAAUCAUUGGUCUGGUCUCUUCAAAUCAACCUUUUGAAUUUACGGUUCCUGUUCAGAAGACCCAUUUUGGUUUCAGUUCCUGUCUCGCGUUCAUUUGUGCCGUAUGGAUGAUGUUAACUUCAGACAUUGGCUGUGCUCCCUUGUAAAUACAUGACGUUGCUACUA